UUAAUUAAUUAUGUAUCAUAAUUAAUUAAUUUUGAUCUCCAAUUUGCAUUAUAAAAAAGCUAGCUAAUAUGCAGUUUGACUUCUUAUCCUCUACCUCAUAAUAAGCUUCAGAUCUUCAUAUUAGCUACCUAGCAAGCUAAGCUUAAUAUAUAUAUUAACAAAGAUUAUGUCUAAGCAGGGAAGAGGCAGUGCGGUUCAGAAAAAGACCUCCAUUUUAGCAGCUCUGCUACUUUGGAUGGUGGUUGGCUUGGAAUAUGCUGAAGCGGCGUCAUUUAUAGUCGGAGACACCAGCGGAUGGGGCUUUAAAUCUCAGAAUUGGCCUCAAGGAAAGCGUUUUAGAGCCGAUGAUGUGCUCAUAUUCAAUUACGAUUCGACAAUACACAAUGUAGUGGCAGUGGAUAAGGCAGGGUAUGUGAACUGUAAAGCUCCUGCAAAUGCAAAUGUUUACGCAACAGGGAAGGACCAGGUUAAGCUGCCCAGAGGACAGAGUUACUUCAUUUGCAAUUUGCCAGGCCACUGUGAUUCUGGGAUGAAGAUUGCCGUUAAUGCUGUCUAAUUAAUUACAACAUAAACAGAAUUUCUAAUAGUAAAUCAUUAGGUCCACCAUAUAAAUAUAAAACAAAACAAGCGUCUGUGUUUUGUGGUAUUAGGAAAAAUAAAAAAAUAAAAAAUAAAACAUAUAUAUAUAUAUAUAUAUAUUUACAUAAAGUCAUCCAGUCCUCUGCAAUAUCAAGUAUAUGUAGUUAAUUAUAAUUUAUAUGUAUAUAAUAUGUAGUUUGAGUGUAGGAUAUAAAUUAAGCAAGGCCAAAUAUAUGAAUCUAUAUCGAUUGGCUAAAAUUUGAUGAAGU